GUUUUAUUCGGGAAUAACAUCGGCCUCAAUUCCGUCACCGCAAUGGAAGUCCCAGACGACCAGGUGCCCAAACGAGAGCUCGGUUCGAAGCUGGCUUUCAUGAACUGGAUUUGGUACAUGUGCUAUAUUUGGUGCCUCAAAGGUGUCUUGCUCUGUCUAUACAACAAACUCACACAAGGAACUCGACGACAACAUCUAGUCUGGGCCGCAUCAGCGUUCUGUUUCAUGACAUGGCUAGUGUGUAUGUUGACGCAUAUCUGCAUUUGCAUGCCGAUUGCUCGUAAUUGGCAGGUCAAGCCCUAUGCCGGAGACUCCUGCACAAUCCGCGGUCCACUAUAUAUUGUCAUCGCCGUCAUGAACGUCGUUUCCGACAUUAUCAUCAUCCUAAUCCCCAUCCCCAUCCUCAUCAAACUCCAAGUCCCAUUGCACCGCAAGGCAAUCCUCACCGCCAUGUUCUCCUCGGGAAUCUUCAUCAUGAUCUGCACCAUUCUCCGCGCCUACUACUCUCUAAAGUCCCUGACAACGCUUAGCAUCGCGCUGGGCUGGGCGAACCGCGAGUGUUUCGUCGCUGCUAUCGUUGUCUCGUUGCCCGGUAUCAAGCCGUUGUUCCGGAACACUCGCUGGAUCGGGUCGAGCAAUCGUGGGAAGCAGUAUAAUUACACAGGUCCUUCAUCGUCGGGGUAUAAUAAUUUUGGAUCAAAGGGUUCUGGGAAUACGAAGACAUAUAUUACAUCGUUGGUCAGUAGUAAUCGAACGGGCCAUAUGGAAUUGCAUGAUGUGCCGACGACUACGACGACGUUGGGGGAUAGGGAUGAUGGCGAUGCGAAGAGGGCGUCGACUGCAAGUAAGGAAAUGAUUUUGAAUAAUAAAAAUACCCAUGUUAGUGGACAUGAUGAGGAGGAAGCUGGGCCUGGAUCGUCGGGGUCAGGACCAGAGGGGAAUCCUUCGCUUGCUAUUCGAGUCACCACUGAGUAUACACUGGCACAUGAAGCUGGGGCUCGACGGUUGCAGUGAUCUAUUUUCUUUGUGAUAUCUCUUUCUAGCGAAUGACUUUAUGCUAUGUAAUAAUAUUCAAUAUCGGUUGUAAUGAAUGGGAGCAAGUUGGCCAGAUAGCUGAAGCAUGUAGCAUUGCAUGGAACUAAGCACCAUUGAGGAUUCGACAUGAUAGUACAUAGUGUGGUUGAUCGGGAAGGAAGUUGUCAUGAGCAGUUGGGAGCAAAGACCUCCUCAUUAAAGUUGCUUCCAGAAGAGCGAAUAUCGAGAAAUGGCCUUAUCUCAGGAUUUAUUAGCAAUAUAUUUUGAACAGUAAUUCAUCAUAAUCUCGCCGUUA